UACGGAGGCGUAUCCGGAAGUGGCCAUUAGCGUAUUUAAAGACUGGAGGCGUCAGCUCCCGGUCCAGGCCAUCAUGAAGCCCCCUGUAAGGCGGCGCGCGGCCCCGGCGCGGUACCGAGGGCUGGCCCCGACCGGGGUCCGCACGGCCACGCUCUGGACCGCCCGGGAGAAGCAGCAGCUGCUCCGUUUGCUGCAGGCACAAGACGUGGAGCGGGAACCAGCGGCUGCGGAUCUGAGGCAGGGGCUGCCCCACCGGAGCGAGGCUGAGAUCCAGGAUUUCCUCCAGUCGUUGAAGCGUCGUGUGGCCCGGGAGGUGAUUCAGCAGGAGCAUCACUGCUGCCAGAAGGAACAGAGGUGUCCUAAGGCUGAGAUUCCAGCCCCCAUUGAGGUUUGGACAGAUCUGGCUAAAAAGGUGACCAGCCAGUUGGAAGAAGCCAUGACUACUGCCUUUUCCCAGAUCCUGACCAUUGCUGCCACAGAGCCCGUGAGUCUGCUCCACUCCAUUCCCAAGAAGCUGACCCAAGCCAGUGAGAGACAGCUUCUCUGCCAAGAGUCUCACUCCCAGGGAGAAGCCCCACCUCAGGCCCCAGAGCCCACCCAGGAGACCAGUGGGGGAGACUCUGGGCCCUCGGGCACCCCGGACAAGACCGACUCCUCCAAAUCUGGCCCGGCUGCACCCACCAAUGGAAACCUCGUCAUUGACUUUGAGAAGAUCUAUAAAUAUCUGUCGAGCAUAUCCCGGAGUGGCAAGGCACUUGAGCUUUCCCCAGGAGAGUCCGCCGUCCUCCUCGAUCUGCUCAUGUCCCUGCCUGAAGAGCUCAGCCGCUUGCCCUGCGAAAAGCUGCAGGCCCACAUGGCUGGUUCCUAUAGGAAGCUGAUGCGCCCUCAGCAGCCCUCAGAUCCAAGCCACGGGGACCCCGGGAAAGGCCCCUCGGUGCCAGAUGGUGAAGGUGGCACCUCCGGCAGCAGGGACCCCGGAAGCCUGGAGAGCCCCCCUGCCGAGAGUCCUGCUGCCUCUGGGCCAAGCCCGCCCUCAGCUCAGCACCAGCUGUGGCAGGACCUGGAGUUCUGUCCUCUGAACCCAUUCCUGCUUCCCUUGGAGCUUCUGUCUCACAGGGCAGCUCCUGGGCAGUGAGUGCUGGCAGACCCUUUGCCAGGGGACCAGGCUGAGGGCUGGGGUGGGGAGGGGGCCGGGAGGAGUCUGUGUGACUGUGUGUGUAUGUGUGGGGGCCUGUGUGUGAUUAGAGUGAGAGGAGGAGAGAAAAAAGAUAUACUCCCAAGAAACAAAACUGUUUAUUAUUUCUGAAAUUCCUUUGAUAUUUUAUCCUAGGUUUCUGGACAGUUCUAUGACUCUGGAUUUAUUUGAGCCCCUAUUCUCAAUAUCUCUGAACAAAUAUCUAACAAUUUGUGCUUGGUCAAAAUGUAGAGAGAUUUCAGAGUUCAUAGAACAGGGAAUCAUUUGCUCUGUGGAACCCCAAUCCUUCUCUGAGUUGUAUAUGUGUUUGGAAGAGAUUUCAGGCAGAUGAAUCCUGGGAGUUCUGGAGCAGCCAUGGUUGUUCUGGGAAAAGCACUUUUUAAACUUUUUAAAGUAUGAUUUAAAUGUGAUUUUUAAAAAAUCAUUUGCUUAUUUAGCAAAUACUUGAGUAUCUGUAAUGAGCACGAACAUCUCUCUCUUUUCUCCCCUCUGCCUGGUGUGUGGGAUAUAGUUUAACAUCCGAACACUCCAAUAUUUACCACUUCAGUGUUAUCAUUCCUUUGAUUAUCUUAGUUACAUAUUAUAGUGAAGGUUGAGUUUUUGCCUCAACCUUCUGGUUUGGUUGCUGAUGUUAAGUUUAUUAAUCUCAAAACUAUAUCUUAGUUUCAGAAAGAAUAUAAGGAAGGAUCUGGAUACUGGUUUUUAUUUUUAAAAUGUAAAUUUAAAAACUAAUGAAAACAAAUAAAUUACAAGUAACUAAAAUUCCUCAGCAUAAUUUAUGAGUGAUUGGAUAACCAUUGUUAAGUCAUUCAUAUUUUGCCAUUUAAUUUUUAAAAUGAAACUGUUUUUGUCUAAUUAAUGCUAAGAUGUGCUUUCUCAAAAAUUAAUUUCAGUAGUAGUUGACUCAAGUUCCCACCUUUGUUCCUUUGACAAGUCAUUCCAUGUUAACUGUGCUCGAUAACUGUCAAUACCAAAUUAAUUUUGCUUCAGUUAAUACCCCAAUUAAACAGGGAAUUUUGAGACAUUUAACCUAAAAUCAGCCGGUUUCUUCUCUUCACAGAAGCAUAAGCUUCUUUUACAAUUCUGUUUUUGUUUUUUUCCAUUCCUUCCCACUCUCAAGUUUCAUCAAACAGAAUAUUGAAUGGUAUCAUGACUGAAAAAUGGGCCGUGGCUAUAUUCUCUUUUGCCUAAAUACAUGACGCAAUAAACAAUCUACAAAAUGUUGAUUCAUUUC